AUGGAGGAGGUACACAUCGCGGCAGCAGGACCCACCUCUAAAACGAUGAGCACGGUGGAUGCCGCAGCUUCUGCUGGCGACGAGACAAGAGGUGAAGCAAAGCCAGAGGACAAGAACGCCAACAUCAACGCGACAACGGAGGAAGCUGGCGGAGGAGAUGAACAACAAGUCGGUGGAGUGCGCCCGCCAGCCGCAGUUGCUGUCUCUGCCGCUAAGGAAGCUUCACAGGAGCUCAUCGUCGACGAAGACCAUAAGCGCAAAGAUGCCGCCGCCGAGGCCGGUCGCCAGCCAAGUGCGACGUUCUCGGACGCAAAGAGCGUAGGCAACAGCAGUAGCAGUCCCAUGUUGGCAUCGCCGCCGCCGUCGCACUGCAUAGGAGCACCACUGCCAUCACUAUCACUAUCAUCACCCCCCCGCAGAAAUGAAGCGGCGAGCCCGGUGGCGGCGACUGCGUCCGCCGCAGCCGCAGCAGAAGCAGCAGCGGCCACGCUAUUGAAGCAACACCAAGAGCAGCGGGCGCCGGGGCUGAUGCCGGCGAACAAACGCCGGCUCCGCAUCUACCCGACGGGGAGAAACCGCAACAGCAAGUGGGUCACGCGGGAGAUUGCCGCUCUCGACUUUCUCACGGGUCUUAAGAUGCGCAACGAGGCCGCGAUCCUUGCUCAAGGGACAAGCGGCGGCGGCGGCGGUGGCGACUUUGGCGUAUCGGCCGACGAUGAGAGCUCUCCCUCUCUGCUCGAUAGCGGCAGUGGAGUUGGCACGUCGAGGGACAGCAGCCGCCGUGGUGGUGGUGGCUGGGGCUGGGACAUGCAGAAAGAGAAAAGCAGCGACGACGACAACAACAACAACGACGAAGCGGCGGCCGAGGUGGCACGCGGCGCCUAUCCAGCGGCCGAGGGCAGAGGGGGGACAACAGGGGCUGGUGGAGAGGCGAAAGAAGACAAAGACAUCGAGGGACGCCGCAGCACCCCGACGGGCGGCGGAGUUACCUUCGCCGACAACGAGAACAAAAACAACAGCGAUGAUAGCGACUCGGACAACGGGUGGCUGGACCAACCCUUACCGUCUACCGGUCGAGGUGGAGCCAGCAGCGGCCACGUGUCAGCCCGCCGCUUGAGGGGUGCAACUACCGGCCAUGGGGGGAUGGGGGCCUCUGCUGGGAUCGGAGGGGGCGGAGCCAGGGUGUCUGGUGCCGGGUUUCGGAGGCUGAGAGGGCGUGAGGCGGCGCACGUCCGUCUCCCGGCGAACUUCCGGCACAGCAUGCAGGUCCUUCCUGGUCACAGCGCUGCGGUCGUGCGCCAAUGGGAGCAAGGCCUCACGCGGCAGUGA